CACGCGGUAGUAUUGUGACUGGCUGUUUACUCUAGAGCAGACAGCUAAACUUCAUAUCGCCAGGCUUUUAUAAUUUUUAAGGUAACAUCUGUUUUAUAAAAUGUAUCCGGAGGACAUUGGUAAUCACGUCGCGGUCUGAGCAGCUAAAUGUGGAGCAGUGCUGAGUGUUCAACAACGGUUUGGAUUUUGGUCAGCUGACAGUCCCCUUGAGAAACAAGAAUAUCAAAGCAUGGCUGGGAGAGAUGUAAACGAGAGCUCUCCUCUUUUGGAAAACUCAGUGACUUCAGCCAGAUCAGAGUCAGUGUUCAAUGGCAGGAGACUGGCAUGUGCUGCCAUCCUGCUGGCAGAGUCUUUGGAAAGAAUGGCCUUCUAUGGCAUCACCUCCAACCUGGUGCUCUUCCUCAACAGCAGCCCCUUCUAUUGGGAGGGCACUUCAGCCAGCCAGGGUCCCUUGAUCUUCAUGGGAGUCACUUAUUUAAUAUCUCCUUUUGGUGGCUGGCUGGCAGAUGCAUUCCUUGGCAAAUUCUUAACCAUAGCCUUGAGUUUGGGUCUUUACUUGCUCGGGAUGCUGCUUUUCCCUUUUGUGGCCAGUGAUAAUACCAGGAACUAUCUGUGUGGAGAGGAGAUGGCAUUUCCAGUGCAGCCAGCAGAGUGUUUUCCUGAAAAUGGGACAGUACCUGCUAAUGUGACCUGCGUCAAUCGUCCGUCAUACUGCAGGCCUGCGAUAUACAGUGGUCUGGUGCUGGUGGCUCUUGGAGUGGGAGCUGUCAAAUCAAAUAUCACCCCGUUCGGGGCAGAUCAGGUGAAGGAUCGAGGUCCUGAAGCAACACGGCGGUUCUUUAACUGGUUCUACUGGUGCAUUAAUCUUGGAGCGAUCUUCUCUCUGGGUGGUGUAGCUUACAUCCAGCAGAACAUUAGCUUCUCUAUAGGCUACAUCAUCCCUGCCGUCUGCCUCGGGGUGUCCCUCAUCAUCUUUUUUCUGGGCAAAGCGGUUUUCAUAACCAAACCUGCAGAUGGCAGUGCCUUCAGCGACAUGUUUCGGAUCCUGGGCUCAGCCCUCUGUGGACGUGGACCGAAAGAACCCAGUCUGCUCAGGCCAAAGCCUACUGUUCUGGAUGGUGCUAAAGUAACGUACGGCGGCCGCUUUUCAGACGAGAAGGUGGAGGAAGUGAAAGCGCUGGUUAAAAUACUUCCUGUUUUCCUGGCUCUCAUUCCGUACUGGACUGUCUAUUUCCAGAUGCAGACCACAUAUUAUCUCCAGAGUCUCCAUCUGACAAUUCCUGGAGCCGAUCCCAACUCCACAGACUCCCACCCGAAUACCUUCCGCUUCCCUGCGGCCUGGCUGACCAUGUUUGACGCCGUGCUGAUCCUCAUGUUGAUCCCCCUCAAGGAUAAAGUGGUAGACCCCAUCCUCAAACGCAAAGGCCUGCUGCCCUCGUCUCUGAAGAGAAUCGCUGUGGGCAUGUUCUUUGUCAUGUGCUCGGCGGUGGCGGCUGGCAUUUUAGAGACAAAGAGGCUGGACAUUGUCCGCACACGAGGUCCCAUCCCGCAGUCGCUCGGGGGAGUUAUAUACUAUGCAGCAGAUCUACCUAUAUGGUGGCAAGUGCCUCAGUACGUCCUCAUUGGUGUCAGUGAAAUCUUUGCUAGCAUCGCAGGUUUGGAGUUUGCCUACUCCGCAGCCCCUCGCUCCAUGCAGAGUGCUAUAAUGGGCCUGUUCUUCUUCUUCUCCGGGAUCGGCUCCUUUGUGGGAUCCGGACUUCUAGCUAUUGUCUCGCUCAAAGCCAUCGGAUGGAUGUCUUCGCAUAAAGACUUCGGUAACAUCAACGAGUGCAGACUGAAUUAUUACUUCUUCCUCCUGGCCGCCAUCCAGGGAGUCACACUCCUCGUCUUCCUCAUUGUGUCUGUGAAAUACGACAAACAGAAGCCAAAACCAGCGAGCCAUAGAGCAUCUAUGAGUAACUCAUGACCCCCUUAACUCAUCGCCAGCCUUAAACAGCCAUACUCUCUCACCUUCACUCAUUCCUCAACCAACAAAUCAUGUGCCAAACAUUUUGCUAAUAAUGAGGUAUGAUUUUAAAAUAUUUGACGCGAAAACUUGAAGUCCCAUGCGUUUGCUGGACCUGGCCUUAAUGUUUCGUACUGUAUGAAAUGGCUGGAAAUUAGGUUUAAUGACUCCAUUAAUGAACUUAAUAGGUAUGGGUAUGUUUAGGCAACUCUUUUUCUCAAUUUUGGUUAUUUUGACUGCAUUUGUCCACUAUAUCACAGAAUAUAGUGGAUAACUAUAUUAUACAGUCCACAAAUGACACUUUCUUUUAAACAGAGGGUGUUUUAGAUUUGUUUACGACGGGUUAUACCACCAAUUUAAAUUGAAUAUUUAUUCAGAUUUUUUUAAGUGAUUAAUGCUCAGAAGGGUUAGACCACUCCUUUUCAAAUGUAUUUAAAAUAGUAUUUUUGAGCAUGUCUUGUUUUUGUGGUACUUUUUUAGAAUUUAGGUUAACUUUUAGGGUAAUUUUGGCACUAUUGCGCUGUAUGGUGCAUUCAUUGAUCACUUCAUCAAUUCUAAUUUAUUAAUAGAUAGUAAUUGUCUUGUUUUGAAAUACUGUUGAUGUCUUAAAAAAGGCUACUCAUUUCACAGCCAAUGAAUCACAAGUAGCCCAUACAGUAUCAUCAGUUAAGCAGUUGAAAAGCAUGCAGUGCAAAAGAAUUGACAAUAUAUAUAUUUUUUCAAAUAGUCAGAUCAAUAGUAAUAAUAAUUGUGUCCUUAACAGUUUGAUUACAUUUGUAUCUUCGGUACUAAACCUGUGGCAUUACAAGCUUUUCUCACUUUUUAGAUGAGGUUUUUAUCAGGCAUUAGAUUCCUACUAGCUUGUUUUUAAAGAUUUUGAUUAUAAGUUGUAAGGCCAAGCUUCACUCUUUAUAAUGCUUACACUCAAAAAAAGGAUCAAAUAAUAGAUUUUUGCUGCUUGUUCUUAACUACUUAUUUAAAAUUAACGAAAAUAACACCAUUCUGGAGUUUUUUUUUGAAAACAGAAUUGUUUUAUGUUGUUCAAUCUACUUAAAUGUGUAUAAACAAUUAAGUUAACUUAAUGGAUUUGUGUUGGGACAACAUUUAGGAUCUUUAUAGUGUCUGAUGAGCAGUGUUGGGGGUAACACUUUACGUAAUAAUAUGCAGUAACGAGUAAAGUAACGCAUUACUUUUGAAAAUAAGCAAUAUUAUUUGAGUUACUUUAAGAAAAAUGAAACGUGAAUUACAUUUUAACUUGCUUGAUUGGCUUUUAAAAAUAUAUAUUGUGGAAUAAAAAUUAGGUUGAAUCACAUACUCGAUGAGAGAGUCUGCUACGAAGGAACAGACAGUUGGCUUGCACUCAUCAUCAGGUCUCUUUUUUCACAGCAGAUGAGUCAGUGUACUGUUCUAGUAACUGAAUAAAUUGGAUAUUGGUUCAUUUCGAGUCAGAGGGGGUAUCCGGCAUGUUAAAAAGUAAGUAAUAAAGUACUUAGCCUACUGAAGAUGCAACCGUUUCACACUGAAUUAAUUUGGUGAACUGGUUCGACUGCUUCAUUUAGGAUACAUUCACACCGCAAGGCUUAGUGCUCAAAUCAGAUUUUUUUUUCUCAGAUCUGAUUUUGUUGCAUAGCUGUUCACAUUGUUGUUAGAAAUGUAAGCAGUAUUAGAUUUUCAAUGUGAGCAGAUCAUGGUCAUAAACUGACCCGCAUGCGCAAAAGUACAGUUACGGACAACAUAAAAUGUCUAAUUAUAUACACAAUGUGUAUGAAGUAAGCACGUUGUCAGAUUAUGUUUAAUAUGAUUAUUGCCCUUUUCACAGUCAACCGUGGUGUAUUUUAACAUUUUUAAAGGGUUGUUCUGCUACUACUAAUGCACAUUUCGGCAUUUGAAAUCUAAUAUGAGUCUCUUGUGAUUAAAAACACUGAUCAUUUGUGAUUUAUGACAACCGCAGUGCGUGUCGUCUGACCACCGCUGUAGUGAACUCAUCUAGGGUUAAUGAGCAUCCGCAGACUGAACUGUGAAGGUGGAGUUGGUUUAUCUCUAUUUGAAGUUAUUUCAUUUCACUUUGUUAUGAACAACUCACUUUCUGUGGUAAAGUAAUUUCUCUGUGUGCCAUUCUACUAUGCUGCUGAGGAGUAGAGGAUGUUUGCAGUACAGAAUGAUGACGCAUGUCGCUCAAAGAUGUAAAAGUCACUUGAAAUCCUACAUAACCAUUCACACUGUGGUCGCAUUGCAAAACAUCUGAUCUGUGUCUGAUUAAUAUCACAUAUGAAAGUAGCACAAAUCAGAAUGAAAAAGAUCAGAUUCCUUGCAGUUUGGGCUGUUCACACAGCCAAGACAACACAUGUCAUAGGUGAGCAAAAAAAGAUUCAGAUUUGGGCCACGUUUGCCUGCAGUGUGAAUGUAGCCUUAGAAGAUUCGGUUAAGGACAACUUAUUCGCGAAUCGCCCGCCAUCACUACAGACAGUCAGAAACAGAAACAUUGGCAUGCCUUAGACUUACGUUUUUGCAAUAAAUUUGUGUUAUUUUGAACUCAUCGAAGCAAAGAAGUGGAUUGUCAUAAGUGUAGAUUAUGUGUAAGUAAAACUCUUGACUGCAAGAAACACGACGUUUAAGCUAAACAACAAAUGACUGACAUCAAUUCACGUUCUCCAGGUCAAACAAUUAAUCUGACUAAAAUCAAAAAAUUAUUAUUGCUUUUAUUGUUGAGGAGGUGCAGCCACUGUCUACUGUUACUGUAGAAGCGACUAUGUUUUGAGAUAUAGUAAGAUUUUUUUCUCUUUUAGCAAAUGAUUGACACAUUUGUUAAGGCCAUGUAAAGCAAUUUAUUCAAUUUAUAAAGCAGAAAGAUUUAUUUUGUUUUGGGGAUGUUUUUAUUGUCUUACUGUUCAUUUUAUUAUUAAACAUUUUAAAGGUUUAAAAUCUGUUUUUGCCUUAAUAUAAAUUAUUUCAUGUUAGUACUCUUAGGCUUGAUUGUCAUUAUUAUCUCAAUGAACAGUGAAUUUACUUUACUAAUAAGACAAAACGUACAAAAGUAGCGUUUACAAUACUUUAAAUGAUUUCAUUAAUCUUUAUAUACAGCAUGCAUAGCUCUAGGCUCAGAAAGUUCUCAAAAUAUAAUGUUAUCCUACAUUUUUAAAGGAAAAUGAAGGUGUAGGUUAUAUAGGUGGUUGUUAAAUGCAGAGCUUCUCUAUAAAAAAAGGUAAAAAAAAAAAAUCUGCAAGUUCUGAAAAAGAUCAAACCUCAGCCAGGUCAGGAAAAGUAACGCAAAAGUAACUCAAAAGUAAUCUAAUGCAUUACUUUCCAUAAAAGUAACUAAGUAAGGCAAUUAGUUACUUUUUUGGGAGGAGUAACUCAAUAUUGUAAUGCACUACUUUCAAAAGUAACUUUCCCCAACACUGCUGAUGAGUAGAUCUUCUGAGAAAUGAUGAAUUUGCACGAGUGCUGAUAUCAUAAUGCAACAAGCCUCAGCUGACGGCUUUACAGCAGGGAUAUAUCUGCAAACUUAAAUAAAUAGUGUUUCCCCUUGGAGCACCUGCGUCUUGUUUGUAAUGAUUCAUGUGCUUUUUUAAGGCUUUUUUGAUGAACAGCAGACCUUAAAAGCUCUCAAUGAGGUUCUGUAGUGAAAUCACAUUUGCACUAAUCUCUUGUAUAAAUAACACACUUAUAAUUGAGUAUUUAAAGUCAUCAAUUUUACAUGCAGGCUUAUGAUACAUCUUUCAUAAAAUGUAUACCUCAGCUUCAUAAUGUCAUCAUGCUGUAGAAAGCGUCUUGCUUGAUGUAAUAUUUAUGCAGAUUUUGCAACGGCAACCGCUUUGGUGCUCUUUUUGCCAACUAAUUAAGUCUGAACUAAGUCUGCUGGCUUCACACAAGCUUAACACAAUAGUAGCAACUAGAGAUGCACCGAAUUUUUGACUGAAAUUUUUUGGUUUCAAACUUAAAAGGUAUAGUUCAGGCAAAAAUAAAAAUUCCCUCAUCAUUUAUUCUCCUACGUUUGGUUUUAAGCCUUUAUGAGUUUCUUUCUUCUGUAGGACACAAAGGAAGACAUUAGCCGAGUUUUCAGUCCUGCCUGAAGCGAGCAAGACAGUGUGAGCCAGGGCCAGUCGUGUUUCUAGUCACUUUCGGGGCCAGAUCGGGCCAAAGCGGGGCUUUCUUGAGGCCAGCAGCUGGCCUUUUUUUGGCCCACCUUGGGCCAGCUGGGCCUUUGGGGCGGAGUGAAAGCAGAGGUGGAGUUUGCAAGAUGGUGUGCCACUGUCAUAACAUUAGUUUUCCCAUCACACACGAGUACAUUUGGCAAAGAAUAAAUAAAUAAGGCAAUGAAAAAACAGCUACUGAUCAGUUUAAGAUAUUCCAUACAACAACUUAACCCUAACACCUUAUAGGCUAGGGGUCUUUUGCUUAAGAUCGCUCUUUUGUUUCCCUUUUAAAUUUAAGGUUGUUGCAUAAAAUAAUACUUGAAGUAGUUUUAAUUCAAAUCCUACUUGGUGUUUCAAUAACACAAUAAUCUUUACACCAUAUUAAAGACACAGCAGUCAGUAACUCUCAAUUGUCGAGAGUUUUUUGUCAAGUUUAAAAGGUGUGUUUGUGCAUGAAACAUGCGUGUUUAGAUGUGUGUGUGUGUGUGUGUGUGUGUGCGUGUGCGUGUGCGUGUGCGUGUGCGUGCGUGCGUGCGUGCGUGUGUGUGUGAAUGUGAGACCGGGUAAAAGAAGGCUCGCUUCACAGCUCUGUCGUUACUGCGAGCGGCUUCUUUCUUUCUUUAUUUCUUUUGGAGAUAAUACAAUAUAUAAAUACAACAGACACACAACUUUACAAAUUACAUGAUCUAGCCUAAAUAAGCUAUAGGCUACUGAAAUCAUUUAAAGAAUUACAAAUAUCGGAUAUAAUAAAAACUAAUUAAAGAUACCAAUAUAAAACAAACAAAAGCCAUAAGAAAAUAGCUAUA